AUGGCAGGAUCCGAGUCGUCAAGUAAAAUGCGUACUAAAAUUGCCUUUAUUGCUCUUUUAUUUUCCCUGUUAUCGACUGGAAGUUGCAGCAGUCAGGUACCACUUGUAAUGUGGUCCAGUGAUGGGUAAAUAUGUUAGUUUGAAAGCGAAGGGAUUUUGAGCACUGUGCUAACUUUAUCUAUCAUGCUAAGCUAACCAUUCCAGCUGGAUUGCUAGCUAGCAUAGCUAUACUCACUUUUACAAGACAACGUUAAAAUGCUAAAGGCAUUAGUACCCUUUCAGAUAUCAUUGGGUCUUUAUUAGGUAUUGAUAAUCAUUGCCGUGUUAGUUGUUGAUUUGAGUCUAACUUUGGUAGUUAGAUGUACUGUUAUUCUGUUGAGAUAAUAUUAUGAUGUUGUUCAUCUUUCCAGGGACACCUUGCCACCCCUGGCAUCUCCCGCUGCUGGUCACAUAAUAUCUAAUGUCCAGCUGAUGUCCUACCUAAACUCUGCUCUUGGGUCUGCCCCACACAACGUGCUGCUCUUCCUACAGGACAAGGUCAGGACUGAGAUUAAUCAUAUAAUUGUAUUCAGUUGUACCACGUAGAAGUGUCUACUACUUGGCAAAGACUAUUUAAAGCUGGGUCACAUAGUAUGCAAUGCCAGUUAUAUACUGUAAUGUCAAAGCUGUACUCUUGCUUUAGGGACCAGUAGUGCAGAGCUUGGCCAGCUACAGUACAGUAACCCACUUGUGAUGCCCUGUCCUGGUGUCCUGUCCUGUUGUCCUGUCCUGGUGUUUCCCACUCUGGUGUCCUGUCCUGGUGUUUCCCACUCUGGUGUCCUGUCCUGGUGUUUCCCACUCUGGUGUCCUGUCCUCGUGUCCUGUCCUGGUGUUUCCCACUCUGGUGUCCUGUCCUGGUGUUUCCCACUCUGGUGUCCUGUCCUGGUGUUUCCCACUCUGGUGUCCUGUCCUGGUGUUUCCCACUCUGGUGUCCUGUCCUGGUGUCCUGUCCUGGUGUUUCCCACUCUGGUGUCCUGUCCUGGGUGUUCGGUCCCACUCUGGUGUUGCAAUGGCCUGCCCCUUCCUGGUUUACUUCUGUCCUGGUUCUUCCACCUUUUCUGCCUGGUGUUUCAAUAUGUAGUCUAGUCAAUGUGUUCCACUCUGGUGUUGACAGGUGUUUCUUGUUCCUUCCGCCUGUCCGUCGCCCCAACUGGUCGGCCUGUGUAACCUGGUGGACAGCAUCGACUACUUUUACUUUCCUUUCUAUACCUACUUUUCUGUAGGCAGACGUUGUAUAUAAGACUAGCAUUAACAGUUGUUUACGUCCCUCUGCCAACAUGGGCUUGAACCGGGGCACAUCGACUACAUUUUACAUUUCCAUUUUAGUCAUGUAGCAGACGUUCUUAUCCAGAGCGACUUACAGUUAGUGAGUGCAUACUGGAAAAUACAUAAUGCCUAUACAUAAUGCCUAUACAUAAUGCCUAACCAGUAACAUACAUAAUGCCCAACCAGUAACAUACAUAAUGCCUAACCAGUAACAUACAUAAUGCCUAACCAGUAACAUACAUAAUGCCUAACCAGUAACAUACAUAAUGCCUAACCAGUAACAUACAUAAUGCCUAGCCAGUAACAUACAUAAUGCCUAACCAGUAACAUACAUAAUGCCUAACCAGUAACAUACAUAAUGCCUAACCAGUAACAUACAUAAUGCCUAACCAGUCACAUACAUAAUGCCUAACCAGUCACAUACAUAAUACCCAACCAGUAACAUACAUAAUGCCCAACCAGUAACAUACAUAAUGCCCAACCAGUAACAUACAUAAUGCCUAACCAGUAACAUACAUAAUGCCUAACCAGUAACAUACAUAAUGCCUAACCAGUAACAUACAUAAUGCCCAACCAGUAACAUACAUAAUACCCAACCAGUAACAUACAUAAUACCCAACCAGUAACAUACAUAAUGCCUAAGCACUAAAGUCCCCAUCGAAGCACCGUUACCCAUCGCUCCACAAAAACCGCAGCCCUUGCAGGGCAAGGGAAACAACUACUUCAAGGUCUCGGAGCGAGUGACGUCACCGAUUGAAACGCUACUAGCGCGCACCUCUAACUAGUUAGCCAUUUCACACCGGUUACAUAUGUAACCCCCCUCUUUUACGCUGCUGCUACUCUGUUUAUUAUCUAUGCAUAGUCACUUUAAUAACUCUACCGACAUGUACAUAUUACCUCAAUUACCUCGACUAACCGGUGCCCCCGCACAUUGUACCGGUACCCCCUGUAUAUAGCCUCGCUACUGUUAUUUUUACUGCUGCUCUUUAAUUAUUUGUUACUUUUAUUUCGUAUAAUUUCAUAUUUAGUGAUUUUUUUGUUGUUGUAUUCUUUCUUAAAACGGCAUUGUUGGUUAAGGGCUUGUAAGUAAGCAUUUCACUGUAAGGGCCAGUAUGAAAAUGUAUGCACUCACUAACUGUAAGUCGCUCUGGAUAAGAGCGUCUGCUAAAUGACUAAAAUGUAAAUGUAAAAUGUCUAUUCGGCGCAUGUGACAAAUAAAAUGUGAUUUGAUUUAAAUUAUUUUUAGCUUGUUAUAUUGUACUGUUUUUAAUUAAUCUCAAACUCUGAAGCAGAUGACACUGACAUUGUUGUUGAUAUGUGCAUUUUCUACAUAGCUGAGCAAAGAUGACUUCACAAAGUAUGGAGGAGUUUUUGGAAACAAGCAAGACAGUGCCUUUCCCAACCUGGAGGUAAGUAUUCUGUCUUUUGAGGUGGGACAUGUUAUUGAGAUACAAAUAUGAUCAGGGCCAUAAAUCGUCUCAGCGUAGGAGUGGUGAAUAAGAUCGCAUGGACAGUGGGGAUCUAAUCCUACAUCAGCACUCCUACUUUGAGACGCUUUGUGAAUUUAGACCCAGAUGUUUAUAACUCAUUUUGACUCCAUUUCUCUACCAGUCUGCAUUACAGUCUUCGUCUUCACCGUUGGUGCUGCCUGCCCUGUCAUGGCUAGGUGCUAGUGCGGUCCCAGGCCUACUACAGGAGAAGCUGGGUGUCUCCCCACUCAACGUAGACCCAGACACACUGGAGCAUCUCCGCCUCAAUGCCUCAGAAAACACUUUGCUGGUUAUCAACCUGCCCUAUUCUUCUGGGUAGUACAAUUAAACCAAAUGUUUCCAGAGUCCAGGGUUCUGUAGAAAUACUUUUUGAUUGAUUUGUUCACAAUCCUACAGUAACUUGAGCAUGUAUUGUAUACUAAUGUUCUUCGAUUAUGUUCCAGUGCUUACCUGUCCUGUAAGGAUGUCCUGCGUAACAAUGGUACAUUUAAGUUUUGGCCAUUUGUUGUUCUUUUCAAAAUCGUGUUAUUUUAUGUAUUGGUAUGUAAUGUACCAGUCAAAAGUACUUUACAUACAUAAAUCGUCUCAGCGUAGGAGUGGUGAGUGGGGAUCUAAUCCUACAUCAGCACUCCUACUUUGAGACGCUUUGUGAAUUUAGACCGUGUUAUUUUAUGUAUUGGUAUGUAAAGUACCAGUCAAAAGUUUGGACAGAUUUGAGAUUCUUCAAAGUAGCCACCCUUUGCCUUAAUGACAGCUUUGCACACUCUUGGCAUUCUCUCAACCAGCUUCAUGAGGAAUGCUUUUCCAACAGUUUUGAAGGAGUUCCCACAUAUGCUGAGCACUUGUUGGCUGCUUUUCCUUCACUCUGCGGUCCAACUCAUCCCAAAGCAUCUCAAUUGGGUUGAGGUCGGGUGAUUGUGGAGGCCAGGUCAUCUGAUGCAGCACUCCAUCACUCUCCUUGUUGGUCAAAUAGCCCUUACACAGCCUGGAGGUGUGUUUUGGGUCAUUGUCCUGUUGAAAAACAAAUGAUAGUCCCACUAAGCGCAAACCAGAUGGGAUGGCGUAUCGCUGCAGAAUGCUGUGGUAGCCAUGCUGGUUAAGUGUGCCUUGAAUUCUAAAUAAAUCACACAGUGUCACCAGCAAAGCACCAUCACACCACCUCCUCCAUGCUUCACGGUGGGAACCACACAUGCAGAGAUCAUCCGUUCACCUACUCUGCGUCUCACAAAGAUAUGGCGGUUGCAACCAAAUAUCUCAAAUUUGGACUCAUCAGACCAAAGGACUGAUUUCCACUGGUCUAAUGUCCAUUGCUCAUGUUUCUUGGCCCAAGCAAGUCUCUUCUUCUUAUUGGUGUCCUUUAGUAGUGGUUUCUUUGCAGCAAAUCGACCAUGAAGGCCUGAUUCACGCAGUCUCCUCUGAACAGUUGAUGUUGAUGUGUCUGUUACUUGAACUCUGAAGCAUUUAUUUGGGCUGCAAUUUCUGAGGCUGGUAUCUCAACUGAACUUAUCCUCUGCAGCAGAGGUAACUCUGGGUCUUCCUUUCCUGUGGCGGUCCUCAUGAGAGCCAGUUUCAUCAUAGCGCUUGAUGGUUUUUGCAACUGCACUUGAAGAAAUUUUAAAAGUUCUUGAAAUGUUCCAGAUUGACUGACCUUCAUGACUUAAAGUAACGAUGGACUGUAAUUUCUCUUUGCUUAUUUGAGCUGUUCUUGCUAUAAUAUUUCAGAAUGGCUGUGUAUAGGUGCAUUGAUCGGUAAGCUGCUAUGACAAUUGAUGCUUAAAUUCAGUGAGGGAGAUAAGAGUCUCCAGCUUCAGAGAUUUUUGCAGUUCGUUCCAGUCAUUGGCAGCAGAGAACUGGAAGGAAUGGCGGCCAAAGGAGGUGUUGGCUUUGGGGAUCAUGGUCCAAACACACCAAGACAGUUGUGAAGAGGGCACGACAAAGCCUAUUCCCCCUCAGGAGACUGAAAUGAUUUGGCAUGGGUCCUCAGAUCCUCAAAAAGUUAUACAGCUGCACCAUCGAGAGCAUCCUGACUGGUUGCAUCACCGCCUGUUAUGGCAACUGCUCGGCCUCCGACCGCAAGGCACUACAGAGUGUAGUGCGUACGGCCCAGUACAUCACUGGGGCCAAGCUUCCUGCCAUCCAGGACCUCUAUACCAGGCGGUGUCAGAGGAAGGACCUCAACAUUGUCAAAGACUCCAGCCACCCUAGUCAUAGACUGUUCUCUCUGCUACCACAUGGCAAGCGGUACCAGAGCGCCAAGUGUAGGUCCAAAAGGCUUGUUAACAGCUUCUACCCCCAAGCCAUAAGACUCCUGAACAGCUAAUCAUGGCUACCUGGACUAUUUGCAUUGUCCUCCCCCACCCCACCCCCUCUUUUACGCUGCUGCUACUCUGUUAUUUAUGCAUAGUCACUUUAACUCUACCCACAUGUACAUAUUACCUCAAUUACCUUGACUAACUGGUGACCCCGCACAUUGACUCUGUACCGGUACCCCCUGUAUGUAGCCUCCCUGCUGUUAUUUUAUUUUACUGCUGCUCUUUAAUGAUUUGCUAUUUUUUACUUUCUUCUUAACUGCAUUGUUGGUUAAGGGCUUGUAAGUAAGCAUUUCACUGUAAGGUCUACACCUGUUGUAUUCGGCGCAUGUGGCAAAUAAAAUGUGAUUUGAUUUUAAACGCAUUAAGAAGGAAAGAAAUUCCACAAAUUAACUUUUAAGAAGGCACACCUGUUAAUUGAAAUGCAUUCCAGGUGACUACCUCAUGAAGCUGGUUAAGAGAAUGCCAAGAGUGUGCAAAGCUGUCAUCAAGGCAAAGGGUGGCUACUUUGAAGAAUCUCAAAUAGAUAAUAUAUUUUGAUUUAACACUUUCUUUGUUACUAUAUGAUUCCAUAUGUGCUAUUUCGUAGUUUUGAGGUCUUUACUAUUAUUCUACAAUGUGGAAAAUAGUAAAAAUAAAGAAAAACGCUGGAAUGAGUAGGUGUGUCCAAACUUUUGGCUGGUAUGGUAUGUAUUCAAUAACUUUCUGUGACUCAACAAUGUGUCCUGCAGUAUGUCUGAGUGAUGCAUUUUCCGCUCUCCCUAGAUGAGGUCAUUGGUAAGGUUCUGAGCAUCAUGAAAGCCCAGAGUGUGCCCUACACCGCCAUUUACACUGGACUCAAGCCCUCACGAGUAAAAAAACAUAAAAUAUGCUUCUAAUCUACACCAUGUUUCAGCAUGUUUUCAGAAUUGUUGUUUCUACUGUUCCCUCACCUGACUUGAAAUAAAGUAACGUGGUGUACUUUUUGUUAUUUUCUAUUCAUCUUCUCAAUAACGUUGUAGCUGUAUUUUGAUUGUGUUCUUCUCUCCUCCUUGCUCCCUAGGUGAUUGAGGAGCCGUCCCUGAUUGGCCAGUCUUCUAUGAGCCGUUCCUUGCUGCAGGCAGUUGUGGAUGAAGUCAAACCUCCUCUGAUGUUCAAUUCCACCAGAGGCCCUUGCAUCAUGCUCUGGGCCCAGAAUCUCAACGUCAGCUUUAGUGACCAGGAAUGGAUUGACCUCGGUCCAUCGACUUUUGCUCCUGGUGGCUCUGUGAGAACGUCUGGGUCCUUCUGUAAUGAAACCAACUCGCAGUGAGCCUGAUACUCUCUUUUUACUAUGACAUGACACUUUUUGCUAUGUGUAUUACAGUAUAGCAGCAGUAUAGUAACAUCAUUGAUACUACAGUAUAAUGACAUCACUGACACCACAGUAUAAUGACAUCAUUUGUACUACAGUAUAGUAGCAGUAUAGUAACAUAAUUGAUACUACAGUAUAGUCACACCACUGAUACUACAGUAUAAUGACACCACUGAUACUACAGUAUAAUGACAUCAUUGAUACUACAGUAUAAUGACAUCAUUGAUACUACAGUAUAAUGACAUCAUUGAUACUACAGUAUAGUAAUAUAAUUGAUACUACAUUAUAAUAGCAGUAUAGUAACAUCAUUGAUACUACAGUAUAGUAACAUCAUUGAUACUACAGUAUAGUAACAUCAUUGAUACUACAGUAUAGUAGCAGUAUAGUAACAUUGAUUAGUUGCCUUAUGUGUUAUAAGUGUUGCAUCUUUUAGCACUAUCAAAUUACCCAGUUGUGUGUUGACCACAAUAGGGAAUCAGAGCUCUGUGGCGGAGGAAUUGGAUAUUAAUCCUAUCUUGUCUUUCUCAGGCUUGUCCUUGAUUAUGGGAGUUCUGUUUCACCUUACAAUCCCUUCCGUCUCAUGUAAGUAGAUAAUGUUAACAUUUUAAAAUAGAUUUUGGUAUUAAUAAAAUACAAGUCAAAUAUCAUAGCAGAUUAUACCAACAAAGUGUAGACCAUCCGUUCCUAUGAAAAUACACCACCUGUAUCUAUCUUUUCAAUGCAUGAACAGUUAAUUCCUGGACCUUCCCAAUCUUAUGUCAAGUGUGAGGUUACUAGAGUCUUAUAAUUUCCAGCUUCUCCAUGAGCCAGCGGCGCUACCCUGUGUCUGCACGAAACUGGUUCACCCUGGACACCGUGGAGUUGGUAUUCAACACCCUAACAGCCACCUACAAUGGCAGCCACGGAAUCUAUGCCCCGGCAGAGUACUCUUUCCACUGCCAGAAUGUCAACAACUUCCGCAAUGCACUUCUGGUGCCCCGCAAUCAGAAUGCAACCCAGUGGAGAAUGCUCUUCACUGACUUCCAGGUAUGAAUGCUUGAAUGUCAGCCAUGCAAAGGCAAAGAGCCUUUCAAUAAACAGGGUUGAACUUCUAGAGUGUUUAUUUUUAUUUUCUAUGCAUCCUUUAUUUAACCAGGGAAGUCACAUUGAGAUUGACAUAUAUUUUUCAAGUGAGCCCCUGCUCCAAUCCAUUGUUACUAAUUUUGCCAGCGUCUGGUUCCCCUCAUUUCCAUCUAGAUCCAAGGCUUCAGCAUACUGAACGGGACAACAGAUUUCUCCUAUGCCAGUGACUGUGCUGGCUUCUUCACACCAGGGAUCUGGAUGGGCCUGAUCACCUCUCUGCUGAUGCUGUUGAUCCUCACCUAUGGCCUGCACAUGAUCAUGCAGCUACGCUCCAUGGACCGCUUUGACGACCCUAAAGGCCCCUCCAUCUCAGUGCCUCAGUCGGAGUAAUGAAGACGAGACAAUGCCCCCUAGACUGGU